AUGUCGGACGAUACAAAGGGAAAGCCAUUCCCUGGAGUCUCUGCCAAACUCUCCGCACUCCCAAAGAAAUCGCUAUUCGAACGUCAGAAAGCUGAUGCUGAAGCUAAACGCGCCCGCGAAAAGGCCGAAACUGCCGCCGUGUACGAAGACUUUGUGAAGUCAUUUGAAGAUGAUGUACCUGAAGGCCCCCGAGCUUCAGACGGACGGCCGAAUACCUUUGGAGGAAGGGGUGGUGCAUUCGGAGGAGGUCCUCCCCGACGACACUUCACCAACUCUGGACCACGCAGUAGUGGCCCAGGAAGCCUAGGUCCACCACCGCCGUCGCUGUCUCGGAAGAGACCUCAUGAGGGGUAUGUGGCACAGCCACGCGGCCGGGACACUGCUCAAGGGGUGUUGGGAUAUGACCAUUCAGGGCAUGUUUCAUCUGGACCCUCGCUCGGAUUCCGCAGCCCUUCGGAUGAUGAAGAUGAUCGGACUGCUGAAGCAAAGGAGGCCGAGAAGGCUGCCGCCAGACCUACACUAUACCUCGCAUCACUUCCUCCCGGGACAUCGCCGUCUGUUCUCAAAUCAUUGAUCACCUCCCCUCUUGUCGUCGGGAACGUCCACAUCCUCCGCCCGCAAAACCAAUCCCCAACAGAGCGAAAAUCGGUGGCUGCAAUCAUUACCCUUGCUAGUGAUUCGGCAGCCUCAGACAUUGAUAGCGCCGUGAGCUCGCUUCAAAACAAGUAUCUUGGCCGGGGAUACUAUCUAACGCUCUCCCGUCAUCUUUCAUCGGCAGCAAUUAGCUCAAAUAUGCCUUCAAAUAUCAACAUGACAAACACCAGCUCACUCCCUUUUGGCGCAAAGAAUAUCCAACCCAACUUUGGAGGAGGAAACCUCAGCCGGGCACCACCGCCAGGCUCACAUCGCGGGGGCUUUGCACCCCCGAGCUCAUAUGGACCAAUUCCGGGCCGAGCUGUCCAAGCUACACAAGUCGAAGUGAAGGCGCCGACAGACGUCAAGCAAUUACGUUUGAUUCACAAAACCUUGGAGAAUCUCCUUAAUCAUGGCCCCGAAUUUGAGGCCCUGCUUAUGAGCCGACCGGAAGUCCAGAGAGAGGAAAAAUGGGCUUGGAUUUGGGACGCAAGAAGUCCUGGUGGGGUUUAUUAUCGCUGGAAGUUAUGGCAGCUCAUCACAAACCCCCGAUCUCACGGCAAUCGAAAGUCAAAGAGUCAAAAGCCGUCGUCUGUUUUUGAGGAUGGAGCCAGCUGGGUUCCCCCGGAAAGAGAUAUUAAAUUCGAGUUCACAACACGUCUUGACGAAAUUAUCUCUGACGAAGACUACAACUCUUCCGACGAGGAGCAGUCGGAUGGUGAAGAUGAACGACGAAAUCUUGGAGGAGCACCGCCUCCAGAGGGAGGGAAUGGCCCAAAUGAUGGAACCGGGUACAUGAACCCGUUACAAAAGGCCAAGCUCACUCAUCUACUUGCGCGCCUACCGACAACCCAUGCUAGACUCCGACGAGGCGAUAUCGCGCGGACUACUGCUUUUGCCAUCGAACACGCCGGACUGGGUGCCGACGAAGUUGUUGAUAUGAUUGUCCUGAAUAUUCUCAGCCCGCUGGCCUAUACUGGUGCCAAUCCUGACCGAGAUUUAGAAAAUGAUGCAGCAAAUCGGGAGAGUCACGCGAAAGAUAAUGAUAAUCCCUCUAAAGGAAAAAUGGACCUCUCAGCGGCCAAAUUGGUCGGGUUAUACACCAUCUCUGAUAUCCUCUCAUCAUCAGCCACCAGUGGGGUUCGCCAUGCCUGGCGAUAUCGGCAGCUUUUCGAAUUAGCCUUACGCUCGCACAAGGUCUUUGAACACCUUGGUCGGCUUGAGAAAGACCUUCAUUGGGGACGACUCAAGGCAGAGAAAUGGAAGCGGAGCGUAGGAACCCUACUUCACCUCUGGGAAGGGUGGUGUGUUUUUCCGCAGUCAAGUCACGAGCAUUUUGUCCAGAUGUUUGAGCAACCACCUCUCACCGACGAAGAGUUACAAAAAGAGAAGGAGAAGGCAGAAGCUGAACAAGCCAGUAACGCCUUUUCUAAGAAAAAGAACCGAUGGAAGACGGUUGACGAUGAAGACCCGGGAUCCAGUUAUUUCGAUCAAAGCGGGCCAUCCGAGAUAGAAAUCACAGCUCAUCGGGCACCUGGCGGGGCAUAUCCUGCCGAAGACGAAUCAAUGAGCGACAUCGACGGCGUUCCCAUGGAGGACAGUGAUUUGGAGAUGCCCGACGAAGGAGAGCCGAUGGAGGAAGAAAGCACGCAACGAGAUAGCGACGUUGUGAUGAAGCAACCACCAGAGCAGCCCGAAGAUGUCACCGGGCAGCAAAAUCCAGAACCAGAAAAACGAGAACCCGCCUCCCGACGUCCUCGAAGGCCACGGCCCAAAGCCGAGGACAUGUUUGCGUCAGACUCGGAGUGA